ACAAUUUACAGUAGUGACCCAUACAAAGUUGCCAAAAUGAUCAAGACUUUUAUGCAGCAGCAUAGCGUAUCUCAGCGUGAAGUCGUUGAAUCUACAUCGCUGAAUCAAAGUCAUUUAUCACAACAUCUAAACAGAGGUACAGCAAUGAAAACACGUAAAAGAUCUGCGCUUUACUUGUGGUAUGUGAAGAGAAUUAUCGAUAUAGAAGAUGAUACUACAGUAAACUUAACUAUAGAUGAUCUACCGAGUAGCCCUCCUUCCCCCAAGCGACAACGCCGUAGUCGAUUUAAAUGGGGUUCAGCUAGCAAACGUAUUUUAUAUGAUUCCUAUGCUAACAAUACAAAUCCUUCAAAGGAGGAACGUGAUAUGUUAGUUGAUGCUUGCAAUCAUGCUGAGUGUGUUCAACGCGGCUUGCUGCCAAAUCAUGAGAGUGCUUUAGGUUCUAGCUUGGUUACUGAAGUUCGGGUAUACAAUUGGUUUGCCAACCGCCGCAAGGAGGAUACUUUCAAGAUAAAAUAUCGUAAUAGUAAGUAUGAAGAAUAUAAUAAUAAUUCUCCAAACCAUACUUUCAAAUAG